UGCGUGUCCAUGUGAGGAGGGGCUGAUGGGAAGUUUCACUUGCAAAAUAAGAUGGCUGACAUAAACAGGCAGUUGCAGGAGUACCUGGCUCAGUCGAAAAGCGGGGGGAAAGCUGGGUCACCAUCGGGUUCGAGCACCAUCGACAUUGGAGAUGCCGAGUCUCCGAGUUCAGGGAGUGGAACUUGGUUCGGCCGAUGGUCGAGUCCGUUCUCUGGACCAGGAUCCGGAGGCCAGGGAUCAACCCCCGGUGUUUCCUGGUCGUGGUCUAGUGAGCCAGACUCAUGUCUUCCCGGUAUGAGCCGUUCGCAAAGACUGCUUGGAUUUGGAAUCUGCGUUGCGAUGUCGGUUCUUUGUUUCGGGCUUUCAGCUCUCUACGCGCCGCUGCUGCUUCUGAAAGCCCGCAAGUUCGCUCUGCUCUGGUCGCUGGGUUCUGUGUUUGCCCUGGUUGGUGCUGCGAUACUGCGGGGACCCAGUACGUUGUUAGCUACCCCAUCCCCGGGUGCCGCUCUGUACCUCACCGCUCUAACGGGCACCCUGUACGCUGCUCUCAGCCUCCACAGCACUGUCCUCACCGCCCUCGGCGCUGCCCUACAGAUAGCAGCGAUCGUCGGAUACAUCAUCGCCUUGAUCCCGGGAGGAAGCACUGGGAUCCGCUUCCUUAGUGGAAUGGUAGCCUCGGCUGUCAAGCGCACGGCCUCCGGCAAGACAUUACCCAUCUGAUCGGAGCAGAGAUUCACGAAACAUAAAUCAUGUUCUAAUAUUUGUCGAAACAAACUAUUAAAGUUUAGUACAAAAUUCAAAACGAAAUUAACACACUUGUCUGCAACAGGUGUAAACGUUUUGAAAGACAUGAAAUUGGGAGCCAGCUGUAAAAUACAGUAUUACAAACCACGUACGGGUUGAACAUGAAAAAAAUACGUUACUGUAACUGCAGUUGAGUGAGCUGUUGCUCUGGAAACAAUACAUAAACAGUGGUGGGGUCACAUGUCCAACGUGGUAACGGUGUUAGCAAGCAUAGUAUGUGUUUACUCACGCGUGAUGCUUAAUGCAAUACUUGUGCCACAUUUGGAACAGGUUUUGUAUAAAAUCACAGACCAAAGAUGGGAUGGAGCUGUAUGGUGUACCCGAUCUCGCACCUUUUCUAAGCAGCUGCCGCUCUGACAUUCAUUCCUGCAUUAGGUACUCUACUGUACUGCAUACAGCCCCCGAUUUAAAUACUGUAAUGAUUUAUUAAACCCUGAGUUGUAACAUACUACUAUGACUAAUAUAACUCGAGAGACCAAAGCUAACUAAAUGUUUGUCACUGUUUUGUUGAAGCUGCCAUUGUAUUUAGUUUUAAUAUUGUGUCAAGGAAGAACAGCUUCUUGCAGAAUAAAGCUGUGGCGUUUUGUUUCUGGUCCUUGGACUGUUUUUUUGUUCUUCUUAAUUUGCUUUCAACAGUUAGACCAUGUUUACAAUGUUUUAAAUGUUAUAAUGAUGCAUAACUAGCAAGGAGACAUAGGACCCUAUGGAAUCCGUGUUUUGUUAUGAUUUCCAUUUUAUUUUUUCUGAUUUCCGUUUUUACCAUUUAAAAAAAUGCAAUAUAUAUUAGACAGCAGUGUGGAGUAAUGGUUAGGGCUUUGGACUCUUGACUGGAAGGUUGUGGGUUCAAUCCCAGGUGGGGGACACUGCAGUCUUUACCUAGAUUGCUCCAGUAAAAAACCCACCUGUACAAAUGGGUAAUUGUAUGUAAAAAUAAUGUGAUAUCUUGUAACAAUUGUAAGUCGUCCUGGAUAAGGGUGUCUGCUAAGACAUAAAUAAAUAAUAAAUAUAAAUAUAUACAGUGCCUUGCAAAAGUAUGCAGACCCCUGACCAAUUCUCUCAUAUUACUGAAUUGCAAAUGGUACAUUGAAAUUUUGUUCUGUUUGAUAUUUUAUUUUAAAACACUGAAACUCAAAAUCAAUUAUUGUAAGGUGACAUUGGUUUUAUGUUGGGAAAUAUUUUUAAGAAAAAUAAAAAACUGAAAUAU